AUGUAUAUGUUGACUGAAAUUAAAGAGAAAGCUGAAAAGGAACAACGUCGAAUUUUGGCAGAAAUCGAUGAUGUUAGUGACCAUCUUGAAGAUGACAAAAACUUUCCACUUGAUGAUUGUGAUUCGCUUAAUGCUUUUUCAGAGUCAGUAGUACUGACAAAUAAGAAGAGACUGAUGUUCAUUUCUCCAGGACCCACUACAUCCACAUCAUCAUCGGUGCCAUCUAUUAAAUCUUCAAAGCCCACUCGCUAG